GUUCACUUCUCGUUAAAGUCAGAAUUUCGGGGAAAAUUGCAUAAAAUGAUAUUGAAUACAAAAAACAGCCAUUGUCAUUCAAAGUAUUUGUCCCAAACUGAAAAAUUGUCCGCCGUUAACUUAAAAAUUUAUGGGAGUAAAUUUUUCUGCGAGAGACGAAAUAAGUAUUCAGGAAAACAGACAAUAAAAAAACCUUCACAACCUAAAGCCAUCAAUUAAAGCAAACCCAAAUUUUCCUUGUCCUUUUUUCCGUUUGAUGAAUUCAGAGAGCACUCGUUCAUCUUCCCUCUUUCAUGGCCGCAAGGCCUCUGCACUCCUACUUCCACAUCCUCCGCUCUUCAUUCCUUCACAAACCCACUUUUCCUAACACACUUUUGGAUAUUUCACCAUCCACAACCACCAUUCCAAACUGCCAUUUAGGCUUCGUCACAGCCCUCUGGUCGGGGGUUCGGAUCCGCACGGCCUCAUCGCACCGCCCAGGAAAACGCAAAUCCUCAAAAGUCUUUUACAAACCCAUUACAGCCACAGGCAACAACACCGCCACUACUGUGCCUUCGAAGUCUUCUAAAGCAGCAGCAGCAGCGGCAAAUCUGGCGCAGAAAAUCGGCAAGUCGAUCCGGCGGCCUGGUGCGAUGUCCAAGGCGCGGGUUUACGCCGAUGUUAAUGUGGUCCGCCCUAAGGAUUAUUGGGACUACGAAUCUAUUGCUGUACAAUGGGGUGAUCAGGAAGAUUAUGAGGUUGUCCGGAAAGUAGGAAGGGGUAAAUAUAGUGAAGUUUUUGAAGGGGUCAAUGUAGUUAACAAUGAACGAUGCAUCAUCAAGAUCUUGAAGCCUGUAAAGAAGAAGAAGAUCAAGAGAGAGAUUAAAAUAUUGCAGAAUCUCUGCGGAGGACCAAAUAUUGUGAAACUGCAUGAUAUAGUUCGAGACCAACAAUCUAAAACACCCAGUCUGGUUUUUGAAUAUGUAAAUAACUCAGAUUUCAAGGUCCUGUAUCCAACAUUAACAGAUUAUGAUAUGCGAUACUACAUUUAUGAACUUCUCAAGGCAUUAGAUUACUGCCAUUCCCAGGGUAUCAUGCAUCGUGAUGUUAAGCCACACAAUGUAAUGAUUGAUCAUGAGCAGAGGAAACUACGUCUUAUUGAUUGGGGUCUUGCAGAAUUUUACCAUCCAGGAAAGGAGUAUAAUGUCCGGGUCGCUUCGAGAUACUUCAAGGGUCCAGAGCUUCUUGUAGAUUUGCAGGACUAUGAUUAUUCUUUGGACAUGUGGAGCCUCGGUUGCAUGUUUGCAGGAAUGAUAUUUCGAAAAGAACCAUUCUUUUAUGGACAUGACAAUCAUGACCAGCUUGUUAAGAUUGCAAAGGUACUUGGCACUGAUGAACUAAAUGCUUAUUUGAAUAAAUACCGCAUAGAGCUUGAUCCUCACCUUGAGGCACUUGUUGGAAGACACAGCAGAAAGCCUUGGUCAAAGUUUAUUAAUGCUGAUAAUCAGCAUCUUGUUGUCCCAGAGGCUGUUGAUUUUCUGGAUAAGCUGCUUCGAUAUGAUCAUCAAGAAAGGCCAACUGCAAAAGAAGCAAUGGCCCAUCCUUACUUUUAUCAAGUAAGGUCUGCAGAAGUAAGCAGAUCUCGCAAUCAGUAAGAUGGAUGCCAGUAUUUGGUAGUGCGGAGUUCUAUGGCUGUUGAGAUAUUACCAAACCUUGAUGGUGCUAUAAUAGGAUGUGGCUGUUUAUGAUUUCUUCUCUUAUACUGUUUGCUGAAAUGACAAAAUGUGAAACCCGUCUUUGCAAACACGCAAUGUCGGUACUCAGACCCAUAGAUGAGUUCUUAAAAAUGUAACAGAAUGUGCUCCAUUCUUAAUUUCAUAUUACUGUUUUGAAAUUUUGCUUAACGCACGUUAAUUGGUCUUGCUGGAGUUUGGAAAAGUUUUUUUUAGUAUCAACUGUUAUGUAAUGAGCCUAGAGUUUCCUUCUAUGGUCUGCAAGGUUAAUCCUCCAUUAUCUUCUUGUUGGUUUUCGUGGCAGUAUGUAGUAGUCAUCCACUUUAGUGUAGAAGUAUAGUUAGAACAGAGAAUACUGCCAGAUUCAUUCAUCAGGGGUUCUACUGUACUAUAUUCGAACUACAAGUGAGCACAAUCAUGCAAAGAUAGAUCCCAACGGAUACUCGGUAGGUACUAGUCCAUAUUGUUUGUUUAUGAUUUUCAAAAGGUGCCAUUAGCUCCCAAGUUUUGAAGAGCUAUGUUAUUUUGGUUCUUCAAAUUUGUGGUAAAUUUUGUAAGUGACUCAAAGGGCAUUUAUUGAAUACUACAUUGUCAACAAUUUAAUACUAUGAGGCUGUGGAUUUGAAGCAAAAUGACAAUGUCUAGACAAUGUUUUAAUCCUAUGGGGCUGUGGAUUUAAAGAACCAAAAUGCCAAUGUCUAGACAAUGCUUUAAUCCUAUGGGGGCUGUGAAUUUCA